AAAUAAAAAGUUAACAAGUGACAGUGUGAAGAAAAGUUGGUAGAUUCUUCACGAAUUUGGAGUUGCUCAUCAGAAACAACCACUGAGCUUCCGUUGAAGGGGAUCGCGCAUUCACGUUUUUUCUUUUUCGAUCUCAACCAAUUUGUUUGUGCCUUUUGCAUCAGUCAAAGCAGGAAGCAUGAAUGAAGAGUCUAACUCUUAUGGAAAUGCUUCGGAUUUAUUGCAUCAGCUGGAGGAUAUUCUUGAAUCUGAUGCACUAAUUGAUGAGCUGGGGUUUAUUCAUCCUUCCCAGUUUUCCUUGUUAAAAGAAGAAUCUGGAAUUUCGACAAAUUUAUCAGGCGACAGGAUAGCAAGCUCUGACGAACUAUGCUUCUGGAACCGAGAUCAUAAAUUGGGAAUUUCAACUCAUAUUCUUCUACCGUUAUAUAAAGCUGCUAAACAUGCAUUCAUGACGACGUUUAAACAAUAUAAGAUGUGUGGAAACCAAUCUGACAAAGUUGGACUUUCUUUACGUGCUUCAACAUCCGAUGACCAUCUUGAAAGCAUACUUUUGAGACACAGCAAGUCUCUUCUGCUGCUAAGCUGUGAUUUCAUGACUGCUUGGAAUUGCAGAAAGUUAUUAGUGUCUAAGAAGAACCAGGUCUCAAUGUUUGUAGAUGAACUUCUACUAUCAGAACUUGUGCUCUCAUACUCAGCCAAAAGUGAACAAGCUUGGAAUCAUAGGCGAUGGGUGAUCAAGUCAAUCUCUGCAAACUGUUCAAACUUCAAAGAGAUUUUGGCAAAAGAAUCUGAGCUGGUUGAGAAAAUAGCUGAGAGAUCAAAGAUGAAUUAUCGUGCAUGGAAUCACCGGUGCUGGUUAAUCUCAUACAUGACUAAAGAUCAGGUGCUAUCUGAGAUGAGGAAAUCCAGAAGUUGGGCUGCACUGCAUGUUUCUGAUAAUUGUUGCUUUCAUUAUCGCAGACGGCUACUGCAAAAGAUGAUGGAGGACCAAAGUUGUGUGGAAGAAGCUGCAUCUUAUGGUCAUAAUGCUGAUAUUGUCCAAGCAAUGAAGGACGAACUUGAAUGGAAUGAAACAUUGAUAAAGCGUUAUGUCGGAAGAGAGGCUCUAUGGCUUCAUCGUCGCUUUCUUUCCUCAUACUGGAUAAAUAGUUUCCUACCUGACUCUAAUGACAGAUCCUACCAUUCCAAGGAGGCAACAAACAUGUAUCAUGACUUUGGCACCUUUCUGCAGAAGGAAUUAAGUCUCUUUCACUCCUCAACUUUUGUUGAUGAUGAUUAUGGGGAUUUCCAAGCCCAAGCCACACAUUCUGCUAGUUACAUUCUGUGGUUAAAAGUGCAAUUGCCCAAGCCUCUUGAAAAUGAGCUCCUUGAGAAGAUAAAAGAUGUAGAUUUGAAGACCUUACUGGAUAAGUCAUGCCCAGAGAGAUCCUCUCUAUUCAAUUGCUUUAUGAGCUAGAGCUAUGUGAGAGAGUAGUUUUCAUAUCUCAAGUCAUGAAGCAAGAAUUUUGGUCAUAUAUUUACAACUCUAAUAGAAGAAAAAUGACACCAUGUAUUGUUUAUUAUUUUGAUUUCUUGUAUAGAAGUUUUGCCUUGCAUGAUUUCCCGCAACGCUCAGAAUAAGUUUAUUAAUAAAG